AUGGGCCGUGCUCGCUCAGGACUGACCGAAGGUCCGACUUCAGCCGAGGAAGUUGCCGACGAAAUACAGCGAGACGAAAAGCUCAAGAGCAACGGCACAGAGGCUCAGAGCAAUGGAGUAGAACAGCACGAGGUGCAGGAUGGGCAGCAGGCCGAGCAAGAGCAAGAACAAGCAGUCGAGAAUGUGUUCCAGCUCACCAUCCACCUACCUCAUGCUCCUGGACAAUGCCAGAUCAUGGUCAGCCACCUCGAGCAAGUCCAGGACAUCCGCCAAUCCAUCAUCGACCUCCCCUUCACCUUCCAGUACACGUGCUUCCACCUCGAGCACAAGGGCAAGCGCAUCAAUGACUUUGUCGAGCUCUCCGAAGUCCCCGACAUUCAGCAAGACCCGGAGCUCCAUCUCGUCGAGGAUCCCUACACCGAGACACAGGCUCGCAUGCACUUCGUGCGCAUUCGCGAACUGAUUGGUGCAUCUGGUGACCGCACCGAUCUCCUGCACGGCAUUGACGCCGGUCUGUCGCUACACGACCACAUCAUCAAGCCUACCCCUGCCGACCAGCCCGAGGCUCCUGCUAGCGAGCACGCCAUGGUCGACUACGACAUCGAUGCCCGCGGUUCUGUCAAGACUCUUCUUUCGCCCUCGCCCGCCAAUGCGCCCAAGACGGUCAAGUCUCUGUCCUUGUCCGCAUGGAACCCCGCCCCUUACCACCUCCGCCAANAGGGCCACCUUAUGUACCUGCUCGUCACUACCCUCGAGGGCGAGCAGUUCCACAUUACCUCUCACGUCUCUGGUUUCUUUGUCAACAAGUCGACAAACAACAAGUUUGAGCCAUUCCCUCGCACCGCUCCUAAGCCUCACUCCGCACACUCGCUCCUCACCCUGUUCGGCCAAAUCUCGCCCUCCUUCAACGAUGCCUUCCGCAGUCUGCAGNAGUACAACGGCCAACGUGAUCCCCUGGCCGCUUUCCAGCUCGCCAAUGCUGUUCCCGCUAGCCCAUGGCUUGUUUCGCCCAGCUCGGCUUCUUUGACAAGUCACGUCGCUGAUGCUGCUCGUACUCAGGAGAGCUACCUCCUUGCUGGUCCCGAGAAUGCAGAGACUCUUCGCGACUGGAACGAAGAGUUCCAAUCGACCCGCGAGCUUCCUAAGGAGAAUGUUCAAGAUCGUGUCUUCAGAGAGAGACUUACCGCAAAGCUCUUCGCCGAGUACAACGAGGCUGCUGUUAGAGGUGCCGUUCUUGUUGCUCGUGGUGAGGUUGCUCCUCUCAACCCUACCGAGCCUCGCGACGCUCAAAUCUUCGUCUACAAUAACGUCUUUUACUCUUUCGGUGCUGACGGUGUUGGCACUUUCGCUGCUGAUGGUGGCGAUGAGGCUGCCCGCGUCGCUACUGGCAAGGAUAUCAUGGGUGUCAAGGCUACUAACCAGCUCGAUAUUUCUGGCAUCUUCACUCCUGGAACCGUUGUUGUCGACUACCUGGGCAAGCGUCUUGUCGGUCAAAGUAUUGUGCCUGGUAUCUUCAAGCAAAGAGAGCCUGGUGAGCAUCAAAUCGACUAUGGCGGUGUUGAAGGAAGGGAUGUCAUCGCCGAGAAUGACGAAUUCAAGCAACCAUUCGCCGAACUCAGCAAGGCUUUGCGCGUAAAGAGCCAUCCUGUCUGGGACAAGGAGAACAAGAGACACGAUCUUGAGGCCAGUGUUGAGACCAAGGGUCUGCUUGGAACCGACGGCAGAAAGUACAUUCUCGACUUGUACCGUAUCACUCCCCUUGACGUUGCUUGGCUCGAACAGUACCGCAAGGAGAACUCUAGCGAUGACAACAACUACCCCCAUAGAAUGGCUGUCCUCCGUCCAGAGUUGGUUGAGUCGUACUGGAGACUCAAGCUUCGCGAGUAUGUUCAAGCCGAGGUUCAAAAGCGUCGCGAGGCCAAGAAGGAGGCUGCUCCUGAGAGCGAGACUGAAGGUGCCGAGAAGAAGGAGCCCGAACAGGAGCGUGUCGAUGUUUCUGGAUUCCAAUUCAGCCUCAACCCCGACGUCUUCUGCGGCCAGCGUCCUCAGACUGAGGAAGAGAAGGAGGAAUGGUCCAAGGAUGAAGCCGAGGUUCGCGCAGCUUGCAAGUACCUUUCGGAAGACAUCAUCCCCAAGAUGAUUUCGGACUUGCAGGACGGUGAUGUUGGCUUCCCCAUGGAUGGUCAAUCACUUACCAACUUGCUUCACAAGCGUGGUAUCAACAUGAGAUAUCUUGGAGAGGUUGCCCGCCUUGCCGACAAGCCCGAACAACCUCGUCUGCAAGCACUCAAGCAGCUCGCAAUUCAAGAAAUGAUUGCCAGAGCAUUCAAGCACACUUCCAGCAAGUACCUCAGAUACCAGUCGCCACCUUUCGUCCAGGCUUGCAUUGCUCACCUGCUCAACUGCUUGCUGGGCGCUGAGCUUAACGCUAAGCCUACAGCAGAGACUGAUGCAUCCCUCAAGUCUCUGUACCCAGAGGAGGACUUCUCGUUCGAGGCCGCUACUCCCGAGUCCAUCCAGACUGAUAUUGUCAGCGAGAUCAAGAAGCGCUAUCAGUUCGACCUUGGCGAUACUUGGGUUCAGCCUGGUAAGCAAGUACAAUUGCUCCGUGAGGUUUGUCUCAAGCAGGGUCUCCAGCUCCAGGCCAAGCAAUACAGUUUCACUAAGGAUGAUGCACCUGCCCCGGUCCCUAUCCAGGCUCCUGCACCUACCACCAACGGAACCUCUGGCGGAAAGAAGAAGAAGAACAAGAACAAUGCUGAGCGCUCGCCGGCACCUGUUGCUGCUCCUUCUGCUCCUACCCAAACCUUCCACCCCGAUGACGUUCUCAAUGUUGUCCCCAUCAUUAAGGAUGCAGCACCACGCAGUGUUUUGGCCGAGGAGGCUCUCGAGGCCGGCCGUAUCUCGCUCUCGCAGGACCAAAAGGAGCUUGGCCAGGAGCUUCUCCUCGAGUCCCUCUCCCUGCACGAGCAAAUUUACGGCAUCUUGCACCCCGAGGUAGCACGUGUUUACUACGCCCUGUCCACAAUUUACUAUGGUCUCGACGAGAAGACUGCCGCUGUUGAGCUUGCUCGCAAGGCCGCCAUCAUCUCCGAACGUACUCUUGGUGUUGAUCACUCCGAAACUGUUCUCAGUUACCUCAACUUGAGUUUGUUCGAGCACGCCAGUGGCAACACCAAGAAUGCCCUCGCCUACAUUCGUCAUGCUCUUGACCUGUGGAAGGUCGUCUAUGGUACCAAGCAUCCCGACUCCAUCACCACGAUCAAUAACGCUGCCGUGAUGUUGCAGAGCAUGAAGCAGUAUCACGAGUCUCGUCUCUGGUUCGAGUCCUCUCUCGCAAUGUCUGAGGAGGUCUCUGGAAAGACAUCCGUCAGCACCGCCACCUUGCUCUUCCAGCUCGCCCAGGCGUUUGCCCUUGACCGCGAUUAUAAGAGUGCUGUCAACCGCAUGCGUGAGGCCUUCAACAUCUUUAAGAAUGAGCUUGGGCCCGAUGAUCGCAAUACCAAGGAGGCAGAGACAUGGCUUGAGCAGCUCACUCAGAGUGCUGUUUCGCUUGCAAAGCAUGCCAAGGUCCUCCAGGACAAGAAGAUCAUGUUGGCUCCUAAGGUCGGUCGGGGCGCUAGACCUCAGCCUUCUAUCGGCCAGAGCAUCGAGGAGACUGUUGCUCCUAGAGCUGCCGACGUCACAAAUGACAACAGAAGUGUCGAUGAGCUGUUGAAGUACAUCAACGGCGACGGUAGCAAGACUACGCCAAAGAAGAAGCAGACCAACCCUAAGAGAAGACAGGGAAGAUCGUAA